AUGGCUCUGACUGUGUGCGUUCGGCGAUUAACAGGCCUGCCGGGCACCCAUGACAGACAACUGUUCCGUUGGCCACACUAUGGGGCUCCGCUGGCUGGGGAGUGUCUUUCUGUGCAGGUGGUCAACUGCAGCCGUGUGUUCAGCCCCAGGUCUCUGGGGACUCUGGUGAUAUCCCUGCAGCAGCUACAGAGUGCUGGGCGUUUGGUGCUGCGGGAGACCCUAGUGGAUGAGAAUCUGCGAGUGACUCCGAUCCAAGUGGAGCUUGACCUGAAGUACCAGCCCCCAGAGGGUGCAACUGGAGCCUGGGCAGAGGAGGACUUUGGGGCACCUAUCCAGCACAGGCCUAGGGAGGCCCGGCUGGAACGGCGGGCAGUGGCAUUGGGCCGCAGGCUAGCUCAAGGCCUAGCUCAGCAGGACGAUGAGGACAAUGAGCUGGAGCUGGAGCUGGAGUUGGAGGACGAGCCUGAUGUGGAGCUUUCCGGUGUUGUGUUCAGCCCCCUCAAGAGGUUCUUCCCUCCCUACCUUGGAAGGCUUGGCUUCCUUUUCUCCUUCUUCUGCACCCUUCAGGUGGGGGUCACAGUUCUGGAGGCCCAGAAGUUGGUGGGAGUCAACAUUAACCCCUAUGUGGCUGUGCGAGUAGGGGCGCAGCGCCGAGUGACUGCCACGCAGCGCGGGACUAAUUGCCCCUUCUACAACGAGUACUUCUUGUUCGAAUUUCAUGAGACCCGGCUUCACCUCCAAGAUUUACUGCUGGAGAUCACUACUCUCCCCUUUAUGGCCACCCGGAUCGGCACCUUCAGGAUGGACUUGGGCAUUAUCUUCGACCAGCCAGAUGGCCACUUCUAUCAGAAAUGGGCUCCGCUGCACGACCCCCGGGACACUCGCGCUGGGACCAAAGGCUUCAUCAAGGUCACUUUGUCUGUGAGGGCGCGCGGGGACCUACCCCCUCCACUGCCGUCCCCGAGCCCGGGGCACAGUUCGGACAUUGAGAAAAACCUGCUCCUGCCGCGCCGGGUGCCGGCUCAGAGGCCGUGGGCGCGGCUGCGCGUGCGCGUGUACCGCGCCGAGGGGCUUCCGGCACUGCGCCUCGGGUUGCUGGGCAGCCUGGCACGCGCCCUGCACGACCAGCGCGUCCUCGUGGACCCCUAUGUGCGGGUGUCCUUCCUGGGGCAGCAGGGCGAGACGUCGGUGCGAGGAGAGGUGACGGCGCCGGAAUGGAACGAGCAGCUGAGCUUCGUGGAGCUCUUCCCGCCGCUGACGCGAGGCCUUCGUCUGCAGCUGCGGGAUGACGCGCCCCUGGUCGAUGUGGCCCUCGCCACGCACGUGCUGGACCUGAGGCAGAUUUCACACCCGGGCCGCGCGGCGGGGUUUAACCCCACCUUCGGCCCGGCCUGGGUGCCUCUCUAUGGCUCGCCCCCCAGUGGGGGGCUCCGGGAUGGUCUUCAAAAUCUCAACGAAGGCCUUGGCCAAGGUAUUUGGUACCGUGGCCGCCUGCUGGUGGCUGUGUCCAUGGAGGUGUUGGAAGGAAGAGCUGAACCUGAGCCUCUCCAGGCCCGACAGGAGUCCAGGUUGUCCCGGCUCAAGGGAAAGAAGAAGAAAGCCAGGCAGGGCCAGACCCCAACGGGGAUUCAGCAGCAUCUAGACGCCAGCUCCAGCGCUGAUGGGCCUGAGAUUCCUAGUGUGAUGGACGUGGAGGUGGAGGAGUUGCUGCCGCUGCCAGAGAACACCCUGGCACCCUGCGAAGAUUUCCUGCUUUUUGGUGUGCUCUUCGAGGCCACUAUGAUUGACCCCAUCGUGGCCUCCCAGCCCAUCAGCUUCGAGAUCUCCAUUGGUCACGCAGGCCGCCAGGAGGAGCAGUUGGGCCGAGGGUCCAGGGCUGGGGAGGGAACAGAGGGCGCCACGGGGGAGGCGCAGCCUCUGCUGGAGUCAGAUGUGAGAGUCGGGCCAGUGGAGGAAGAAGAGAAGAUGGGGACCCCUGCUCAGCGGCCUGAGCCCAUGGACGGCAGCGGGCCAUACCUCUGCCUGCCCCUGCGUCACCGAAAGCCAUGCGUGCGCGUGUGGAGCCGCUGGGAGAAUCACACGUGGCGCCUGCAGAGCAGUAACUGCGUGCGGAAAGUGGCCGAGAGGCUGGACCAGGGUCUCCAGGAGGUUGAGACUCUGCAGCGCAGGCCGGGGCUCGGAGCCUCCACACGGCUCAAACAGGCUCUGGAAGAGCUGGUGGCUGGGAGCAGACAGUUUUGCCAUGGUGCUGAGCGCAGAACAAUGACCCGACCCAACGCCCUGGAUCGAUGCCGAGGGAAACUGCUGGUGCAUAGCCUGAACCUGUUGGCAAAGCAAGGACUGCGCAUUCUACGGGGCCUGAGACGGGGCAAUGUACAAGAGAAGGUGGCACUGGCCAAGAAGCUCCUGGCAAAAUUGCGUUUCCUGUCCCAGGAGCCCCAGCCUCCGCUCCCAGAUGUGCUGGUCUGGAUGCUCAGUGGGCAGCGCCGUGUAGCCUGGGCCCGCAUCCCAGCCCAGGAUGUGCUGUUCUCUGUGGUUGAAGAGGAACGAGGUCAGGACUGUGGGAAGAUCCAGACUUUGCUCCUCACAGCACCUGGGGCAGGCCCUGGUGAGGUCUGUGCCAAGCUGGAGCUCUUCCUGUGGCUGGGGCUGGGCAAGCAAGCCAAGGCCUGCACCUCAGAGCUCCCACUGGACCUGCUGCCUGAGCCCUCCGCGGGGCUGCCACACAGCCUGCACCGGGAUGACUUCAGCUAUUUCCAGCUCCGGGCUCACUUGUACCAGGCCCGAGGUGUGUUGGCAGCAGAUGACAGUGGGCUCUCAGACCCCUUUGCUCGAGUCAUCAUCUCUACCCAGUGCCAGACCACACGGGUCCUGGAGCAGACGCUGAGCCCCCUGUGGGAUGAACUCCUGGUGUUUGAUCAGCUGAUCGUGGACGGGAGGAGGGAACACCUGCAACAGGAGCCUCCAUUAGUGGUCGUCAAUGUCUUUGACCACAAUAAGUUGGGCCCUCCUGUGUUUCUGGGCAGGGCAUUGGCUGCUCCGGGGAUCAAGCUGAUGGAGGACCCUUACCAACGCCCCGAGCUGCAGUUCUUCCCCCUGAGAAAGGGGCUCCGGGCAGCUGGAGAGCUCAUCGCCACCUUUGAACUCAUUGAACUGGACUACAGUGGCCGGUUUGAGCCCUCAGUGCCCAGUGAUGUGGAGCCUCAGGACCUGACACCCCUGGUUGAGCCCCUCUCUGGACGCCUAUCCCUGCCACUCAAUGUGCGCCCGGUGCUCAGGGAGUUCCGUGUUGAGGUUCUGUUUUGGGGUUUGAGGGGCCUUGGCCGUGUGCAUCUGUUUGAGGUGGAGCAGCCCCAGGUUGUGCUGGAGGUGGCCGGGCGACGUGUGGAGUCCGAGGUCCUGGCCAGUUACCGUGAGAGCCCCAAUUUCACCGAGCUCUUCAGACAUCUGACGGUGGACUUGCCAGAGCAGGCUUAUCUGCAGCCCCCCCUCAGCAUCCUGGUGAUUGAGCGCCGGGCCUUUGGCCGGACAGUUCUCGUGGGUUCCCACAUUGUCCCCCACAUGCUGCGAUUCACACUCCAGGGUCAUGAGGAUCCCCUCGAGGAGGAAGGAGAAGAGGAGACAGGAGACCUGGUUCCCAAGGGACUUCAAGGACAGAAGUUCCUGGAUCCCUUAUUGGCUGAAGCAGGGAUGCCCAGACGGCUCCUGAAGGCUCCUCUGCAGAAGCUCCCCCUGAGAGGCCUUCUGGAUCAAGGGUCUGAGCUGGAGGAGGACAUCCCAGAUCCUGAAGAGCUCGACUGGUGGUCCAAGUACUAUGCGUCACUGCAGGAGCUUCAGGUGCAGCCCAACUUUGAUGAGGAUGAAAUAGAUGAUCCUGGGGAUUCAGAUGGAAUCAACCUCACUUCUGUGGAUGGGGAAGCCCAAGACCAGGGUGAGGCUGAAGUCAAAGGCUCCAUGCCCCAGAAAAAAGCAAUCGCCACACUGAAGAUCUACAACAGCUCUCUGGAGGAAGAGUUUAACCACUUUGAAGACUGGCUGAAUAUUUUUCCCCUGUACCGAGGGCAAGGGGGUCAGGAUGGAGAUGGAGAGGAAGAAGGGUCUGGGCAUCUUGUGGGUAAAUUCAAGGGCUCCUUCCUCAUUUACCCUGAAUCAGAGGCAGUAUCAUUCUCUGAGCCCCAAAUCUCCCGGGGGAUACCACAGAACCGGCCCAUCAAGCUCUUGGUCCGAGUCUAUGUCGUAAAGGCUACCAACCUGGCCCCCGCGGACCCCAACGGCAAAGCAGACCCCUAUGUGGUGGUGAGCGCUGGCCGGGAGCAGCAGGACACCAAGGAGCGCUACAUCCCCAAGCAGUUGAACCCCAUCUUUGGAGAGGUCCUGGAGCUCAGCAUCUCUCUCCCUGCCGAGCCAGAGCUGACUGUGGCUGUGUUUGAUCACGACCUUGUGGGUUCUGAUGACCUCAUCGGGGAGACCCACAUUGAUCUGGAAAACCGGUUCUAUAGCCACCACAGGGCGAACUGUGGAUUGGCCUCUCAAUAUGACAUGGACGGUUACAAUGCCUGGCGCGAUGCAUUCCGGCCUUCGCAGAUCCUGGUGGGGCUGUGCCAACGCUGUGGCCUCCCUGCCCCCGAAUACCGAACCGGGGCUGUCAAGGUGGGCAGCAAAGUCUUUCUGACAUCGCCUGAGACCCUGCCCCCAGGUAAUAGGGAGCCCAAGGUGGCAAAUGAGGUCCCCGAGGAGGCCCAGGCAUUGAUGGUGCUGAGGCGCUGGCAGGAGAUGCCAGGUCUUGGGAUCCAGCUGGUACCUGAGCACGUAGAAACGCGGCCCCUCUACCAUCCCCGCAGUCCGGGGCUGCUGCAGGGAUCCCUUCACAUGUGGAUUGACAUCUUCCCCCGUGAUGUGCCUGCACCACCCCCAGUUGACAUCAAGCCUCGGCAGCCAAUCAGCUAUGAGCUCAGAGUCAUCAUCUGGAACACGGAGGAUGUGGUUCUGGAUGAUGUGAAUCCGCUCACUGGAGAGAUGUCGAGUGACAUCUAUGUGAAAAGCUGGGUGAAGGGGCUGGAGCACGACAAGCAGGAGACAGAUGUGCACUUCAACUCCCUGACCGGGGAAGGGAACUUCAACUGGCGCUUCGUGUUCCAUUUUGACUACCUGCCCACCGAGCGGGAGGUGACCAUCCGGCGCCGGCCUGGCCCCUUCGCCCUGGAGGAGGCUGAGUUUCGGCAGCCGGCUGUGCUGGUCCUGCAGGUCUGGGACUAUGACCGCAUCUCUGCCAACGACUUCCUUGGAUCCCUGGAGCUGCAGCUACCGGACAUGGUGCGGGGGGCCCGGGCCCCUGAGCUCUGUUCCGUGCGGCUGGCCCGCGACGGGGCUGGGCCGCGGUGCAAUCUGUUUCGCUGCCGCCGCUUGCGAGGCUGGUGGCCUGUAGUGAAGCUGCGGGAGCCUGAGGAUGAGGAGCGGGAGCAGCGGGAGGCUCAGGCUGGCAAAAAGAGGCGGAAGAGGAGGAGGAGGGGCCGGCCAGAAGACUUAGAGUUCGCAGACCCGGGAGGCAACGUCUACAUCCUCACGGGGAAGGUGGAGGCCGAGUUUGAGCUGCUGACUGUGGGGGAGGCUGAGAAACGGCCAGUGGGGAAGGGGCGGAAGGAGCCUGAGCCCUUGGAGAAGCCCAAUCGCCCCAAAACCUCCUUCAACUGGUUAGUGAACCCGCUGAAGACCUUCGUCUUCUUCAUCUGGCGCCGGUACUGGCGCAUCCUGGUGCUCCUGCUGCUGCUGGCGUUGGUCACCAUCUUUCUCCUCCUCAUCUUCUACACCAUGCCCGGCCAGAUCAGCGAGGUCAUCUUCCGCCCCCUUCACCGCUCCCUGGACUCCAACUGACCUGGGACACUCAUCCCAUAGCGCCCUGGACGUCCUUACCACCAAUAUGAGCUAUUCCUGUUCCCUGCUUUCUAUGAAUAAACCUUAGCACCAUCCACGCUGAUGCCUGAACACAGGCUGUGCAUAAAACAGGGGGCAGAGAACAGAGAUGUUCUUGGGUGACCUUAGGUGAUGACUGGAUACCCAGGGAUGGAAGGCUGCCCACAUGGUCCCACCACUGGGAAGAACAGGACCUGGCAGGAGGUUUAGGGCCAAGGAGACCUGGCCACAGAGGUGACAUGCCAUCUGGGCAGCCCACCUGUUGCUCCUGCCAAUGGUUGGGUUCCUCUCACCUAAUCUGUUUAUGGCUUCUGCCAUUCCAUUGACAGCUAAGCACUUUACAAAUUUCAUAAAUUUGUUGAUUCUCCAACCCUGAGAGUAGGCAUAUGAGGUAGGGCACUUUGGGUUGCAAGUAAUAAUCCCAACCCAAACUGGCUUAAGCAAAAGGAAUAUUUUGGUUUGCAUAGCUGUCAAUUCCCAGGGUUUAGCUGGCUGGCUUCAGGUGCAGCUUGUCAUAGGGUCCAAAUGAUGUCACUGAGACCGGUUCUCUGGCCCUGGGCUCAGCUCUGCUGUCCUCUGGGGGCAGCUCAUUCUCCGACCAGGUCUCUUCUUGAACUGCAGGAUGACUGCAGCAACCUGACUCCCCAUAGCCACAUCCGGAAGGAAAGCCUUCCUAGUCCUCAUAGAACCUGGCUAGUACUAGGUCAUUGUGACCAGGGGAGUGGGAUGUGCUGAUGGGGCCCUCCCCUGGAGCUCAGGGUGGGAGACAGACCCUCCUCCCAAACCACUAAGCUGACAGGAUGGACAGGGAGGUUCCCUGAAGAAAUUCAGGACACUGUUAACAAGCAGGAAUGGUUUUUGGCACCCGCAAUUUAUAGACAAGACUGGUGUCCACAGAGGGAUUAAAAUAAC